CCUUUUGGUUUGCGCACUCCAUUCAUUUUACUCAUACAUAUCUUGGGUUUUCCAAUAUGUGAUUCAAUUGACGUAAUUAACUGAGGUAGCUUCCUAAUGACGAUGUUUCAUGUGACAGUAAUUAAAUUUGCUUUAUCAUCUCUCUGACUAAAUGGGAGCUUAUGCUCCCUCUAUUUGACAGUAUUUAAGAGAGAGUGGGCUUGUACAAUCUAGUGCAUUUAAGAGAGAGAAGAGAACAGACAAAUCAAGGUCUCACAAGAUGGCUGCAAGAAUGUAUCAAGUAUUCCUGGUUUUUCUUGCAAUUACUAUUGGGUCAUCAAUGUUUAUUGGUGCAGAAACUUCGGAUGGAGUCGAGAAAAAGACAGUUAAAGGAUUUGAUGUACCUACAAGGUGUCAAAAAAACACAUUCCUGGCUACCAAUUUGAAAGCAGGAAAAGAGUUAUCUCCAGUAGAGCUGAAACAGUUGACAGAAUGUGGAAAAUAUUAUCCUAGUUGCUCACAAGCAAUUAAUGAAAUAAAGGCAUUGUAUGCCGAAGAUCGUGAUGGAAAAAAUGUGAUUAUAUUUCAAGUGACGGAUAUUUCUAAACAAGGUUGUUGGGGUCAUAUGUUGCAAGUGACAGACGACUUGGGAACUAAGACAAUUUAUUUCAAUUUUGACAAAGAAGACAAAGACUUUGUCAAAUAUGUUUACUUUCGUCUUGGAUUUAAAUAUAAUUUUACAGUUACAUCGUUACCUAGUGGAAAGUCAUUAAGUUUGGUCACCUCAGCUCCAAAUGCAUGUGAAUUGGAUGUUAUGGAACACAUAUAUUAUAAACUUCAAAGCCAGAAACAUUUUUUCAAGAAUUGUGAGAUUCCAAGUUACUCUGCUAGAAAGGAAGUAGCUGCACGAAUUUGUAAAAUGUAUCCACGAAACAGUGCAAAGCGAUACAGAUUCGCACAAAAGUUAUUGGUUGAAGAAGAUUGUAAAUUUGUGUUGUUGCCAGCAAAUUCUGUCAACGCACGAGUGAAUGAAAAAAACUAAAGAAUUGUUUUAACGAUAAUCCGACAACCUUGUAUUUUAUUUUAACGCAACAUUCUAUAUUUUUUAGUAAAAUGAGCGUGAGCGUAUGAAUGUUAAAAGGUCAUAAAAAUAUCUUUGAAUUGACAGCGCGUAUCUAGUAAUAUUUAUCUAAUAAUUUGACCUAUAGAAAUGUUUGUAAAGCAACAAGAUGUUUUUCAAGGUUAAAGCUUUAUAAAUGUUAUAUUUUCAGGUUGUAUAUAUUCAUUGUUAUAUAACAUGAUUAUUAUACUCAUACCAA